AUGACUGAAAGGGGAGAUUAUGGAGAUAUAUUGUUAGUUAAUACCAUAGAUAUUUAUAGACAUUUACCACUAAAACUUCUACAAUGUCACCAAUGGUAUGAAAAGAAUUAUGAUGUAGACUCUAUUAUGAAAACUGAUGAUGAUUGCUAUGUUGACAUAGAACAAAUCUUUGAAAAAUUGCAGGAAUUCAAAAACCAAAAUAAGACAUGGUGGGGCAAUUUUCGAAGUGAAUGGAUGGUUGAAAGACAUGGUAAAUGGAAAGAAAGAGAUUAUACAGCUUCAGUUUAUCCUAAAUUUGCCUGUGGAUCUGGUAAUGUCAUAUCAUCAGAUAUUCAUAAAUGGUUGGUGAAAAACAACAAUGAUUUAAACCUUUUUCAGGGUGAAGAUGUUUCUAUGGGAAUAUGGUUGUCAAGUUUAGUAGUCAAAUAUGUACAGAAUGAUUCUCUGAUGUGCAAUAAGACUUGUAUGAUAGAAUCACCACCACUAGUUGUACCUGAGAUAGAUAUUAUGGAAUUAAAAGCAUUCUGGAAAAAUAAAUUAAAGUGUAAUAAUCCAUGUCUAUGCAAAUGA